ACCUAAGGGUGCAUCAACUGCUAUCUUUUCCAAGAUCAAUCCGAACAGUUAUGCAAUAGCUUACACCUUAUCGAUUAUUUGGGAUGUGUAGUCAUGCGGUUCAACUUUGCCAGUGUUAAUGCAAUGGAGAAGACUACACAUCCCAGCAGGCACAGCGGCGCGUUGUUUCACUUAGGGUACAAACUGAAUGUAGUUGGCUGUACUUGGAAAAUUCGUUCAUGAUUCACUUCAUUAAUAAAUAAAUAGUUCGGUGUCAUGGCGGAAUCUGCAGCGUGUCCUGCUUUCCAGCUCGGAAGACCCCGAUACGAUCAGGGUUCAUUCCUUGGUCGUCUGAGACAUUUCAUAGACAUCAUUGACCCGAGCACCUUGUUUGUGUCUGAGAAAAAGCUGAAAGCUUGCAUCAAACUACUUGAUGACUACAAACAUGGCACACUUCCACCCGGGGUCUCUGAUCUUCAGCUGUGGGAGGCCCAGAAGAUCAAGCAGGCCAUCAUUCAUCCUGACACAGGAGAGAAGAUCUUCAUGCCAUUUCGAAUGUCAGGUACGACCUCAGAUGAAGAUCUUUGCCAAGGUUAUGUACCAUUUGGAACACCAAUUGUCAUUGGCCUUCUUCUCCCAAAUCAGACUGUGGUGUCUACCAUUAUAUGGCAGUGGCUGAACCAAAGUCACAAUGCCUGUGUGAACUAUGCCAACCGCAAUGCAACAAAGCCUACGCCAACAUCCAAGUUUCUACAAGGCUACGUGGGAGCUGUGACGAGUGCUGUUUCUAUUGCAGUGGGACUGAAUGUGCUGAUUCAGAAGGCCAAUAAGCUGAGCCCUGCCACCAGAAUGAUAAUACAGAGAUUUGUCCCUUUCCCGGCUGUGGCUAGUGCAAACAUCUGUAAUGUGGGCCUGAUGAGACACAAUGAACUAUCUGAAGGUAUUGAUGUACUGGACCACAAUGGGAAUGUGGUGGGAUCCUCAAAAAUAGCCGCCAGACACGCGAUCAUGGAGACCGCAUUCACACGUGUGGUCCUGCCGAUGCCAAUCUUUGUGCUGCCUCCCAUCAUUAUGUCCUACCUAGAGAGGCUGCGAUUGUUGCAGAGCAACCGCAGAUUGUUGCUGCCCGUCCACAGCUUUGUGUGCCUGGUUACCUUCGGCCUCUCCCUGCCUGUGGCCAUCAGCCUGUUCCCCCAGAUGUCUCAGAUUGAGGUGUCUCGCCUUGAGCCAGAGAUUGCCAUGGCAACAGAUUGCAAGAUGGUGACCUACAACAAGGGUUUAUGAUUGAUGUAUGUGGUGUGGGAGAGGAGAGGUAAUGAUGACCGGGGU